GUAACAGUAAACAAAAUUGUGAAAUCUGAACGCCAUGACUAAACCCCAUGACUUAUUCAAUGUUGAGCAAUCUGGUGUGUAACAUUUUUCACAUCAGUUGCCAUGGUGAAACUCCUGCGAGACAUCUGUUUGGGAUGCAUUCAGAACAAUCUCCACAGAAUCCCUCAAGUACAGCGAUAUCUACCUACAGUAUACAAAGAAUUACUAAUAGAACGGUUGAUAAAGCACAGACAGUUGUCAGAGCACUAUUUGUGUCACAUUACAUACAAUUUGUUUGUGUCUAGUUUGCGCCAUGUGUUGCUGUAUAGGUGUGAACAGAAUACAGACCUGGUCCUGAAGCAGCUAGCAGCCUGUAAUUGCCAGCUUCACACACUCCAGAUAAUAAGGUGUGAUAAUGUUACAGACGAGGGCAUCCUUGCGGUUACAGAGGGACAAAAGGAACUGAAAACGCUUGAGCUGAAACAUCUGUCCCAUAUCACUUCUAAAGGACUUGUAAAUAUUUGCUCCCUAUGUCUGGAGAAGCUCAGUCUGAAAGGGCUGUACAUCAGUCUCUGGGGAAGUUAUAAUGGAUUUUUUUUUGUAGGUAUUGUUAAAGUCGUCAGUGCUAACCCUUUGGUCAGAGUGCUUGAGCUUAAAGGCAUUCCGCGGCUAGAUGACACAAUCUUCCCAUCCAUAGCUCAGCAUCUUGGACAAAGUUUAGAAGAACUGGAUGUAGGCCUUCUGACAAUGAGCGAUGUGAGUUUGGAAGAGCUGGGGAGGCGCUGUCCCAACUUAAAAAAGUUAAAUGCCCAUGGUUGCAACAGAAUAUCUGGUCAAGGACUUAUAAGCCUGUCUCAAGGCUGUACUCAGCUGAAGAGUCUGGACCUGUCCUACUGUAAUAAGCUUAGUGCCCGGCCUGACUCUGAGGCCCUCUGGACACUGCCCACUACUCUGACAGAGCUGUCCCUCUGUGGCAUACUGCUGGAAGAUUCUGACCUGUUUGUGGAGUGUGUCACCAGGCUGAAGCACCUCAUGUCCAUCCGCUUGUCCGGCGUGUCUGCGCUCAGCGAUGACACACUGACCAAGAUUCUGGAGAAGGUGGGUGGCCAGCUGCGUGAGCUGGACAUCAGUGGCAGUGUCCGUCAGCACAUUAGUGACGAGGGUCUGCAGGCUGUGAGUCAGUGCUGUGGUAAACUGGAGGUGCUCUCACUGAGUCUCCUGGAGAAUAUCACUGGGGAGAGUCUACUGCCUUUGUUUCAGGACACCUCCAGGACACCACAGCUCCGCAAACUGCUUCUCAGCUGUAGAAAGAUGAAUGUUGAUGUCCUGAGGCAAGUGGCCCUGAACUGCUGUAAUCUCGCCCUCCUGGAUCUGUCAGGGCUGCUGUGUGUGGAAGAUGAUCUCUUGUUUCUGUUAGCUGAAAAUUCAACAAGUCUUACCCAUGUUGGCCUGAAGGGAUGUCGCGAGCUGAGUGACGCUGGCAUAUGUGAACUUGCACGCUGCUGUUCCUUGGAGAGCAUAAUCCUAUCUGGUGUGAGGAAUGUCACAGACAAGAGCAUCUUUGCCCUGGCUAACAGUUGCUACAACUUGGAGGAGAUUCACCUGAAUGGCUGUUACAAAGUCACACCAGCCGCAGUACGGUAUCUAGAGGACUGCUGCAUUGGAUACGUCUUUGUACGCCACAUUGUGCCCAAUGCUGACCCGUCCCAAGUGAUGGCCAAGAAUUUAGACACAGGCGAAUUCUGCCGAGUAGAUCUCCAGACAUAGAUUUCCAAAGAUGUGAUAGAAAUGGCCCUUGUGAAAAUCAGGGGAGGUUGUUUAGUUGGCAUCUAAGUACUUACCAAGGCCAUACCAUAUUCUUUUCAGGCAUGUUACCAAGAAGCAUAGCAAUGGAGAUGUUGUUGAUGCAGAAGGCCUGUUAUAAGUACCUCAGUUCAAUGUAUGUUUUGUCCAUAAUACUCCCAUUAUCAACUGUGAUUUGUGGGUGUCUAACUGCUGAACAACUAAGGAGACUUCGAACGGAUAAUUUACAUCAUGUAUUUGAUGCAAAAAUGUUACAUUGAGGCUGUGAAGAUAAUACUUAUAGAUGGUUCUAGCCCUGAUUCCUUUCCUUAAAUCAUUCAAUUUCAUUUAAUUAGCCACUAAGAAUUUAAAGCUUUUACGGUAUGUCAUUUGGAUUUUUACAUGUGGCAAGCAGUUUUAUGUGAGGAGAGGGAUGUUGUUGUUGUUGUUGGACAUGAUGUUCUUGAUGAUCAAAGGCUUCAUUUUAUUGCAUAACUGCAUAUUUGUCAUUUUUGCUUGUUUUUCUAACUUUUAGGACAGAAUUACACGUAAAUUUUGAUUACUGUGGUACGAAAUUGCCGAAAACUUCACCUACUUUUUUCCAUGAUUUACAAGUACGCCGUGACCACCAUAUGAACAUCUACACAUCAUCAUUCGUGCUUGAAAGACAUCGUACAUAUUAUCUGCAAAAGUAUUCAGGCUGACAUGCAAUAUCUCACCUAUAUUUUUAUCCCUUUAACUUUUCGUUUCGUCAUGUCAAUUUAGUCAGGCUAUAUGCAAGGUGUGAUCACACGCGAGUCUCUCGUACAUGGGUUGGCUGCUUUCUUGUAAUAGUCAGGUGUUUAUUGUAUUCUGAUGGUAAGGAAUAGAACAGCUCUCGUCUUUGGUAAGAAGAAGUUUUUGUUCAGAGCAGGGUUUUUAAUCGGCUUGUGGCUUUCUCAUCAUUAUGACAUUUUUUAUUUCAGAUUUUUAUCAAUAUGCUUAUUAUCUACUUGAUGCAUUUGUACAUGACACCUAUUUAUUCAUUGUAAUGGCAUGUACAUUUUUAGAAGUGCUCAGGGCGGGGGAGAAAUCAUAUUCAGUCCCCCUUCCCUGGCCUUUUGCAGGCCUUGAGCUGGAUUUUACAAAUGAAGUAUGCCCCCCAGAAAGAAACCCUUGAGUUGCAAGUAUAGUGCAGUACCUUCAGUCUUGUCAUAUGUAAUGUAUAAUCCAAAUUUUGUGAACACUUUGCUAACAUUCUCUCCUGUUAAUUUAAUUAGGAUAUGGUGUCUCAAAUAUACCCGUUAGCUACACGUAAACAUAUUGUAACGUGGAUCAGUGUUGUGUUGCUCAUAGAUCAUUUUUGCAGAAAAUUGAAGUAAUCUCAGAGAAUGAACAAGGACCUUAGAACAAAUCUGACUUAGGACAACGUAAUCCUUCCACCUACCUGAUAUGAGUGCUCAGUUAACUUUAAUCAGCUUAAAUUAAUGCCAAAAUCUUAAUCCAUGUGUGGUCAUUCAUGAAGCUGUUUAUACCUCCACAGUUUGCCUUAUGCACUACAUGGUAUACUAUUAAGAGCAUGGUCAGCGUCUUAGUACCAUACUCUAAAGUAAGAAAGAGAAUCAUUUUGUUUCGCAUUAAGAAUAUAUGUAUUUAUAACAAUACUUGCACCAACCCCUGGCAACAAAGUUGCCCUGGCUCUCCACCGAUCUCUUUGUCGCUUUCACCCAUGCAACUCCUCCCAAACCACUUGACCAUGGAUUUUGAAGAAACUUACCAUGCCUGUUAUCUAAACUUGUGCAAGCUUAAGUUUAAUAGCCAAUCCAGGACAUGGUGUAAUGCGGCUUUUCCACAUGUACAGAUUCUGUCCAUGAAACUGCUUCUGAAGCAUAUGUUCAUGCUCAAUUUUAUUGGAAAUUAAUGACAAAAGGAGUGAGCUUAAUAUAGAUUGUCUGAAAAUUUAUAAAGCGACCACCUUUUUCAAACUCUAGAAUCACUUAACACUGUAAAUAGUACAGGUACAUACAGAAGCAUAUUGUUAUUAGGGCGUAAACAAAAUUGUGGGAAAAUAGA